GUUGAUGUUAUUGCACUGCAUUUUAGGUCAAUGUUGGAGGCUUGAAGAAUGUGUUGCAACCUUAUAAAGAAACAUGAACUAUAGAGAAAAUUGUGUACACAUCAUCGAUUUUUGCCUUGGGACCAACUGAUGGAUAUGUUGCCGAUGAAACUCAGACCCAUACUGGAAAAUUCUUCUGUACGGAGUAUGAGAAAUCGAAAGCUAUUGCUGAUAAAGUAGCAUUAGAUGCUGCAUCUGAAGGAACACCAAUAGUGCCUGUUUAUCCAGGAGUCAUAUAUGGUCCUGGAAAGGUCACGGCUGGAAAUACCUUUGCGCGUAUGAUGAUUGAACGCUUUAAUGGGCGUUUUCCUGGUUACAUUGGCCAAGCAAAUGAGAGGCUUUCAUUUAGCCAUGUUGAUGAUGUGGUUGAGGGGCAUAUUGCAGCUAUGGACAAAGGCAAACCAGGUGAAAGAUAUCUUCUUACUGGGGAGAAUGCGUCAGUUAAAGAAGUUUUCGACAUAGCUGCUAUGAUCACUCACACAAAGAGGCCUUCAUUUGGGAUUCCCCUACUUAUUAUUGAAGUUUAUGGCUGGAUAUCAGUUAUUUUCUCCAAAAUAACUGGAAAGCUUCCUCUAAUCAGUCCUCCGACUGUUUGUGUGCUUAGACAUCAGUGGGCUUACUCUUGUGACAAGGCAAAGGCAGAACUGAAAUAUAUAUAUAUAUAUAUGGAAAAAAGAAAGAAAAAAAAAGGAGCGAAUUAA